AACUGAUCCUAAUAUAGCGAACUACAAGUACCACACGUUAUAGCCAUCUAAUAACCCUCCGUCUGUUCAGUCAAAGUUGUGCCAUUUUCAAGCAUGAAUGAACUCUUGCGACUUGACAACCUUUAAAAAAAUGUAAUCCAUGCUUUUAAAAUUCUACGCUAUUGUACGUCAACUACAUUAAAUAUUUUGUUUGAAUUAUCAUUGAAUGCGCCCACUCUCACGCAGUGAUGUUAUUUAUAAAUUCCAAUCGCUCACUGGCUUGAACGUUUUUUUUAUUUAUUUUAAAUGGACGACUGAAUUGAUUGUACGCUAUGCUAUUUUUCUAAGACUAUGUCUUGUAUAUUUCAACGGCACGUUGAUUAUGACGUGCAUGUUAUGUUCCAGAUAUUGUAAUCAACGAAUGGUCUGGUACAUGUUAUGCUUUUAAUAGGUCAAUAAUAUCCGAGACGCAUAGAUACUAGUGUGGCUGCUAGUCGCAUGCUGCACAGGCUCCAAAUUGGUUUAUCCUUCACGAGCAGUAUUUAAUCCUUGUCUGAGGUCCGGUGGUGUUCUUGGUCGUCAAGGUGAGCUGACUACAGGGAUGAUCAUGUCCCAGUGAGACUGGGCAGGGCAACCUGGCCCAGAGGAGGAGUGGAGGUGCCAGAGAAGCUCUGCCGCUCACAAUUAGACGAACAGACAGAGGGACACCCCCCUGCUCCUCGCAACCAUGCAUGGUCACACUGAUCAUCGAGCAUCUGCAGAAAAGUAGUCUGGACAGCAACGCUCACCAAAGGGCCCUCAACGUGUCUCAGCUGGACCCCAACAACCUAGGAAUUUGCUGGCCUACAAAUGGAUUGAUGCCUGAGAGCAGUUAUUGGCAGCUCUGCCCUCCCUCCAAGCCUGGCCUGCAGGGUGUGCUGAGCUCCAGCUUCCCCCCCUGCCCUGUCCCUCUGGUUCCCCCCGAAACUCACCUGGCAGAGGGGGAAGCCCUGCACCGGCCCCUGGUCCCAAGCACCUCAGUGACAGACCUGUCUUUUCCAGGUGCACCCCCUCCCCCCCCGCCACCCCCCAAACGCCACUGUCGUUCACUGUCCGUGCCAGAGGACCUUUCACGCUGCCGUUAUACCUGGCGGCCCAGCGCCUCGAGGGUCUGGACACCUGUGAAUCGCCAAUGCCACAGUGGAGGGGGAGCGGGGGGACCUUGUCCACUUCGUGCUCCUAGCUCGUCUCUAAACUCUUCACUAUACUCUUCUUCAAGCCCCACAUUCUUUAGCCUUGCUCUCUCCCCUGACUCCCCACUGCCCUGGAAUUUCCCAUGGGACCCCAGUGACACUGCUGGAGGAGGCGCCUGCUGCUGUUUCUUCCCCUCCCCGUCGUCCUGCUCCUCUUCUCCGUCCCCGCUCCACCCUCCCCCUCCUCCACAGCGACGCUUCUCUCUGUCCCCUGUCCUUAUCAGAGAGGCUGCCGCCCAGUUCCUGCCCCCGCCUCCAGUUCCACCGCAGCGUGCAGCACCCCCUCCGGCUGUGCCUGCUUCGCCCUCCUCUGCCUGCAGCACCCCGUCCUCGCUUCGCCGGGCCAUCCCCCCUCAGCUCCCGCGCUGCCACUCCCAGCCCUGUGACCUGCUCCUUCUCAAACCGGGCCUGAAGCGACGCCGUGACCCAGACAGACCAUUUGCCCGGCCAGUACUGGAUUUCACCAAGAUGACUCGGACUCGCAGUACAGACCCCUUGAGUGGUAUGGAGCGUGGGAGGCUGGCUUGUGGAGGGGAUGUUUGCAUGGGCUUUGAGCCUUUUUUGGGGGACUUCAGAGGGUCGUGUUCACCAGCAGAGGGGCUGGGAAGGACAAGCAUUGGACCUCUAAGUGAGAGUGACGAGGAGGGGGAAGAGGGGGAGGAAGACCCUGAUCGAGAAGAGUGUCAGCCGAGUGUCUUUGAGAGGGAUUGUACAGAACUAGAUUUGAGCCUAAUUGAAGAAAAUUAAAAUCUUUCCCCUUUACCGCCAGCAUUCAACACUCCACCCUGCUACACUUCAUCGGCAGGGCUCUCAGGAACACGACUUCUCUCUCAUGGGAUGAGCUGGGGUAUAUAUAAUCUCAUUGACAAUGGUCAUGAUUUGACUUCUACCAAUAAUAACAAUUAAUUCAGGUAGCCAUGGAUGCUGUCCUUCCAUCAGAGUACAUUCCAGAAACAGUUGCUGAAACAUUCUUGUGAAUAAUCUGAAUGCUGGAGAUGCCAGCUAUUUCCGUAGUGUGUUGGAUGUCUUCUUAAUGCACCCUCACAGACUAGGAUGGAAUUUGGGAAGACUAACACGCUUCUGGUUGCUUUCUUUCUUUUACAUGACUUUCCUCUCAAUUGCCUUUUUUUGGUACAGUAGUAAGACUAGACUUUCUUGAAUGAUGGUGGUGAAUUGAAUAUCUGUGUUUUGUUCAGUUUGAUGCAAAAGGAAAGUAUGGCAUUGCAGUUUUCUUUCUGCGGUCCUAUUAGUUUCUGGUAAAGAAUCCAUAUGAUUCAGCAUAAGCCUUAAGACACCAUAUUUGUUCUGUUAACAAAAAAAUACAACUAUGAAAAGGAAAUUAAUUGUGUAGAUAUUAGUCCUUUCAUUGUUUCUUUUCUGCAGUUUCUUUUAUUUUAUAUUUUUUAUCUAUACGACUCAUCCUCUGAAAAUAGAGAUGUAUAGACAUUGAUAAUGAAUGCACUGUUUGACAAGUUAAACAAAAACAUAAAAAUGGAAGCAACCACUAUUCUGAGGGCACAUUGUAAUAUUGUAUUAUACAGCGAUCAUUUGUUGAAAACAAGUUGUGUAAAGAUGGUAGCUGGGAGACCUGGGGCAGGCCAUUGCUGUCUUUUAGAGAUGUUUUUUAUUGUAUGUGUUAAAAAGAUGGCAAUUUCAAACUCCGUUUUGAAUAAAUAAAGUUUAUUGGAAAUUAUUUUACAAGGAAA